GCAAACUAGAACAAAGCUUAAAGUCGGCAUUUAGCAGCACAGCAGCCACAGUGUGAUAAGUGACUUAAGGAGUAGUAGCAGUGUGAAAACAAGAAGCCAAAAUGAUGAAAGUGGUUAUCUCCCUGACCGUGCUCACCUUCGCGACCCUGGUGGCGUGCGCCCCCUCCGCCGACGACGCCCGGGCCAACAUCCUGACGCAGGAGAACGUCCUGGAACCGGACGGCAAGUACGCGUGGAAGUUUUCCACCAGCAACGGCAUCCAGGCCGAGGAAAGCGGCCAGGGUGGCCAAUCGGUGCAGGGUUCGGCCUCGUGGGUCGGCGACGAUGGCGUUCCGAUUGUGCUGACCUACACCGCCGACGAGAACGGAUACCAUCCCCAGGGAGUGCACCUGCCGACGCCACCCCCAAUCCCGGACUACAUUCUGCGCGCCCUCCGGUACAUCGAAGCCCACUCGCAGAAUAACUAGACAUCAAGAAUAACAUAAGUUAAAUUAGUUCGCAAAAGAUGAGCAGAUGAAUACACUUUUUAAAAAAUCGACACUAAAGUGCUUCAUCUGUUUAUCUGUGCUUUGACAUUUCGACACUGAAACGAAUCAUCACCGUGAAUUUAUUAGCGUAAAAUUUUCACGGUGACGAUGCACCGAUCAAAAAAAUACUCUCCAACUACGUAGCACAGAAAAAAAUAAAGUGAAAAGUGAUUAUUUUUUACUACCAAGGUUACCACAGUCAUCUCAGUGUAUAGAAACGAUAGAUUUUAAGAGGUAGGAUUUUAUAGCCGAUAGCGAUAAAACGAUAAAAAGUGACAAUAAAAUU